AAUAUCAAUUGCGGAUGUAAGGGUCAUUCUCAAAGGACUAACACGGCUUCGGAAACUAUACCUUAAUUCAAAUCCACUUGGACCAUCUCUGCCAGCAGAUAUCUUUGCUGUUUUUAACGAUAUGAAAUAUCUUUCCAUGGAAAAUUGCGACUUGGAGAAUAUACAAAAUGGAACUUUUCGGUCGAUGCAACAAUUACAAGACCUUACACUGUCUAAUAAUAAGCUGACACAUAUAGACAAGGGUACAUUGGAAGGACUUACGGAUAACCUCGCUAAUUUGGUCCUUGAUCACAACAGACUGAAGACGAUAGGUGAUGGAACUUUCAAGCAAUUUAUCUCUCUCGAAAUAUGUUUGUUGAGCAAUAACAACCUGACAUCUGUUCCAGAUUUGAAGCGUCUUGCAUAUUCCAAAAAAGUAAACUUAGAAAAUAACCAGAUCACAGAUGUAACGAAAAUCGUAACAUCAGGAAUUCAGAUAGUUUUUGAACUAUAUCUACGUAACAAUAAGAUCGAGUACCUACCACCAAACAUCUUUCAGAAUACUAUUGUAGUAGCAAACCUUGAUUUGUCGUUCAACAAUCUGCAGUCAUUACCAGAUAACGUAUUUGAUAAGCUCGACAAAUUAGAUAUUCUGAUGCUUAGCUUCAACAACAUCACUUCCAUUAAUAAACGCACCUUUAGUGGACUUUCAAAUUUGAACACGCUAAUGCUUAUCAAAAACAAUCUGGCAUUUAUUGCCAAAGACGUUUUUGAUGGGACUCCCCUUCUCAAGUCACUGUUUCUUCACAGUAAUGCAAUUAAAACCAUUGAAAGCAAAAGCUUCGACAGACUUGUUCUGAGGCAGCUAACCAUUUUUGACAAUCCUUUACCACUGUUGCCAGAUGGAAUUUUCGACAAAAUGACAAACAAUACUAAGGUAUCAUUGACGUGUAAAAAUCUUCUUCAGCUGCCUCGAGGAAGAUAUAUGGCGACAAUAGAAUGUGCUCCUUCGACUUCGCUGCAUGUUACUUUAUCUGGAGAACAAAGCUCCUUCCGAGCUGGCUGGAAACGCUCAGGCUUUGAAUGCCGUGAUUGUGACUCACACCAUGUACCUACUUUUCCGCACAGAGACUCCAGUUGCGCUGAUUGCAGUCUCUGUUCCGUUGGUAACUAUACCAGUGAAACAGGCUGUGUCGAGUGUCCUGCAGGUGGUUUUUAUCAGGAUGAAAUGGGACAAGUUGAUUGUAAAAGAUGCAGUAAUGGUACAUUCGUUUCUGCACUGCAUAGUCCUGGGACCAAAGCGACCGAUUGCGUGGCAUGUCCUUACGGUACGCUUUCGAACGAGACUGCUGGAUAUCGUGCAUGCAGAUGUCUUCAAAGCUUUUAUCGGUUGGAUCGUUUUGGCCCGUGCUCAACAUGUCCACCAUAUGGCUUUGUUUGUGAGGACGAUACAGCAAUACUUGCUCCUAACUACUUCUGGAAAUGGUCCAAUCAGUCUGAAAAAGAGCGUUUCAAAGGUUUUGUUAACAAUAUCCAUUCUAAUGGAUCAGACUACAACAAGUCCUUUUCAAUGUUCAAUACUUCACUUCCGAAGCCACUCAAAUGUCCCCAUGCCAAGUCCUGCAAGGGUGGAAUCGACUCAGAAUGCCAUCAAGGAUAUCAAGGGAAUUUGUGUGCAACCUGUUCUAACGGCUUUUAUUUCCGCUUCCACUCAUGUUUGAAAUGUCCUCACCUAACUGUAACAAUAAUCUCGUCUAUCUUGGUGAUUGUUCUUUUUGUUGCUGUGUUUCUAAUAGUUCUUUGGGGUGACUCCAAACGUGCAGAGAAUAACCGAACAGUUGCAGAUGUCGUCAUGUCGUGCUUUAAGAUUGUGAUUGGUUUUUAUCAAGUUAUUGCUGGUAUUUUCUCAGCAUUGGCGAAAGUCAAGUGGCCGAUCACUUUGAUUUCAGUGGAGAAAUUUCUAAAAGUAUUUGAAGGGAACAUUUUUCAGUUUGCUCCACUAAGCUGCAUUGAUUCUUCUUUGCGUUUAGAUCAGCUUGGAAAGUUUACAUUGAUCGUUGCCUUGAAUGUCCUACUUGUUGGCUCACUUUUCUUGUAUCUAUCUCUUAAAAAACGCUACAUCAUGAACAAGAAGGACCUUAGCGAAAGCCAGAAAAGAACACAAGUUGAAAGUUUGAAGAAAUCUUGCUAUCGGAAUAUUUUCUUGCUGUUGUUGACGACCUACCCUACGACGAGCAAAUCGAUUAUUCAAAUUCUACCUCUUCCCGGUGCGUGUGUAGAAACGUGUUUCGCAGACGACAAGAACGAAUGUAUCUUCCUACUGAGAGCUGACUACUCCAUCAAGUGUUUCACUCCUCGCCACAGCUUGUAUUGGCUCAUGGCUUCUCUUUUGGCAAUAUAUCCCGUGGGAUUUCCAGUUCUAGCUUUGUUUCUCACUUACAAAUAUCGUGAGUCCCAGGAAGACAAAGCAAUUGCUUUCGGACUUCGAGUGUUCUUUGAGAACUAUAAGAAGAAAUUUUGGUUUUGGGAGGUCACAGAGAUGUACCGCAAGCUGAUAUUGAUCUCAUUGAUUUUCCUAUUUGGAUCCAAAAGCCUCCCUCAAAUCAGCCUUACUGUUCUGACAGUCAGCGUCUUUGGAGUGCUCUACACCUUAUUCCGACCAAUCAAGGAAAAGUUUGAAGACCGCUUACAAACAUUUGUCUUGUGGGUCAUUUUCUUUGACGUUUGCCUUGGUGCAGUUUAUACGAAAUGGGAUGAGAAUCAAGAGGAGGGCAAGAACGAAUCUGUGUUUGUAAAUGUCCUCUUCGUUGUUCUCAACGCCUCUGUACUGAUGCUUGCCAUCGGAAAAGGGAUUGUCCAUAUGAUGUUAUUCAAGAAGUAUGUUUUCUUCUGUCCAAUGCGAUGUUGCAGUUUCCUGCGCCAAAAAGUCGCUCAUCUUAAAAAUAAAGCGGUCACAAGAACGGGAACAUCUGAUGAACUGCUCGGCUUCAAUGAAGAUAGCGACUAGUAUUUUCUUGAGCCCUUCACGAUAAGGGACCAGUCAUUAUUUGUCGUCUAGGGGAAGAGGGGGUGAUAAACGGAUGAUUUGGUUUUUUCACUAUAAAAUUUACCUGAUUACCCCAUGAGGCUCGGUCAAGUGCUAAUGAUCCCUCUUUUACCCUAAUGGUGAUGACUGAUGCCACUACGUUUCCCCUGAAAAACAAGUGAUCCCCCAAACAAAAUUCCUCCUCCCUCCGCCAUAGCAAGAUGCGUCGUUAAGUUACCAGACGGUUGUUUAUCACAGCCGAAUGAGAGGAGGCUGGAACCGAGACUAGAUUUGAACUAGUAAGCAUAUAGAUCAGAAGAUAAUUCUUCGUAACGAAAUUGAUGGAGCUAUUUGUAUUUUUGUCUAGAAGGAUCGAUUUUAUGAUUUUAAAACCUGCAUGGGCGAUAGGUAUGGAUGGUUCAGCUAGCAUGUAAAAACAAUGUAUUAAA